GGCGCGGGACGGCGGGGUCGGGCGCGACCACCCUGUCGGCAUGAUGAGCAUCAAGGCCUUCACUUUGGUCUCUGCUGUGGAGCAGGAGCUGCUGGCAGGCGACAAGGAACGCAUCCACAUCGAGUGCGUGGAAUGCUGCGGCAGGAACCUCUACAUCGGCACCGCUGACUGCUUCAUUUACCACUUCCUGCUGGAGGAGAAGACACUGCCCACCGGCACAUCCUCAUUCACUGCCACCAAACAGUUGCACAGGCACCUGGGCUUCAAGAAGCCCGUGAAUGAGCUGCGAGCAGCCUCAGCCCUUAACAGGCUGCUGGUGCUGUGCGACAACUCCAUAACCCUGGUCAAUAUGCUGAACCUGGAGCCUGUCCCCUCCGGGGCUCGCAUCAAAGGAGCGGUGACAUUUGCUCUGAAUGAGAACCCUGUGAGUGGGGACCCAUUCUGUGUGGAAGUGUGCAUCAUCUCAGUGAAACGUAGGACCAUCCAGAUGUUUCUGGUGUACGAGGACCGCGUUCAGAUCGUCAAGGAAGUGUCCACCCCAGAGCAGCCCCUGGCUGUGGCUGUAGAUGGCUACUUUCUGUGCCUGGCCCUGACCACACAGUACAUCAUCCUGAACUAUAGCACGGGCCUCUCCCAGGACCUGUUUCCCUACUGCAGUGAGGAGAAGCCACCUAUUGUCAAGAGGAUAGGCAGACAGGAGUUCCUGCUGGCUGGCCCCGGAGGCCUGGGCAUGUUUGCAACGGUGGCUGGGAUCUCUCAGCGGGCCCCCGUGCACUGGUCGGAGAAUGUGGUAGGGGCAGCCAUCUGCUUCCCAUAUGUCAUUGCGCUUGAUGCUGAGUUCAUCACAGUCCAUAGCAUGUUGGAUCAACAGCAAAAACAGACCCUGCCCUUUAAGGAGGGCCAUAUCCUGCAGGACUUUGAAGGAAGAGUGAUUGUUGCCACAAGUAAAGGAGUUUAUAUCUUGGUCCCAUUGCCUCUGGAAAAACAAAUACAGGAUCUGCUAGCAAGCCACAGAGUGGAGGAGGCUUUGGUUUUAGCGAAAGGAGCCCGGAGGAACAUUCCAAAAGAAAAAUUUCAGGUAAUGUACAGAAGGAUCCUACAGCAGGCGGGCUUUAUACAGUUUGCACAGCUUCAGUUCCUGGAAGCUAAAGAGCUCUUCAGAAGCGGCCAGCUUGAUGUCCGGGAGCUGAUCUCUCUCUACCCCUUCCUGUUGCCCACCUCCUCUUCAUUCACCCGGUCUCACCCUCCUCUUCAUGAGUACGCAGACCUGAACCAGCUCACCCAAGGCGACCAGGAGAAGAUGGCCAAGUGCAAGCGUUUUCUCAUGAGCUACCUGAAUGAGGUCCGCAGCACAGAGGUGGCCAAUGGCUACAAAGAAGACAUCGACACAGCCUUGCUCAAGCUCUAUGCAGAGGCAGACCACGACAGCCUGCUGGACCUCCUGGUCACUGAAAACUUCUGCCUCCUCACCGACAGUGCUGCCUGGCUGGAAAAGCACAAAAAGUACUUUGCACUUGGACUACUCUAUCAUUACAAUAACCAAGAUGCUGCUGCAGUUCAGUUGUGGGUGAACAUCGUGGAUGGGGAUGUCCAGGACUCCACACGCUCAGAUCUGUAUGAAUAUAUUGUAGAUUUUUUAACCUUCUGCUUAGACCGAGAGCUGGUAUGGACCUAUGCAGACUGGGUCUUGCAGAAAAGUGAGGAGAUUGGAGUUCAAGUCUUCACCAAGAGACCUUUAGAUGACCAGCAGAAGACCAGUUUUAAUCCAGAUGAUAUUAUCAGUUGCCUUAAAAAAUACCCUAAAGCUCUGGUUAAAUAUCUGGAACACCUCGUUAUCGACAGGAAUCUACAGAAAGAAGAGUACCACACUCACCUGGCUGUCCUCUACCUGGAAGAGGUGCUUCAGCAAAAGAUGUCUGGCAGCGACAAGGGCGGCGAAGCCACCGAGACACAGAGAAAGCUACGGCACCUGCUGCAGAAAUCUGACUUGUACCGAGUCCACUUUCUCAUAGAGAAGAUCCAGGGUGCUGGGCUGCCCAUGGAGCGCGCCAUCCUCCACGGGAAGCUGCGCGAGCACGAGAAGGCCCUGCAUAUCCUGGUUCACGAGCUGGGGGACUUCUCCGCAGCCGAAGACUACUGCCUGUGGGGCUCCGAGGGCCAGGACGCACCCAGCCGCCAGCGCCUCUUCCACAUGCUGCUCGCCAUGUACCUCCACGCCGGCCCCUCUGCCCAUGAGCUGGCCAUGCCAGCCGUGGACCUGCUCAACCGUCAUGCCAGGGAAUUUGACGCUACCCAAGUGCUGCAGCUGCUGCCAGGCACCUGGUCAGUGCAGCUGCUCUGCCCAUUCCUGAUGGGGGCUGUGAGAGACAGUAUCCAUACCAGGAGGACCACACAGGUAGCCCUUGGCCUGGCAAGGUCGGAAAACUUGAUCUACACAUAUGACAAGAUGAAGUUGAAGGGAAGUGCAAUCAAGCUCUCAGACAAAAAGCUCUGCCAGCUCUGCCAGAACCCCUUUGGUGAACCUGUGUUUGUCAGAUACCCAAAUGGAGGGCUUGUGCACACCCACUGUGCUGCCAGCAGACACGCCACCCCCAGCUCCCCCAGCCCUGGCACCCGGACUUGAAAAGCUUGGCCUCAGGGUGCAAGGGGGACUCUGAAUUCUUUCCCCAGCCUGCUGGAUGCAAGUGUAGAGAGCUGCAUGCGUGGCAGCAUGAAGACAGAGAGAGACAUCUGUGUACUAGGAGACACUAUCCCGACCCCUGAGAAGCAAGGACACCUCCCUGCUGACCACCCUGGGUAUGAAUGUAAAUGGAAAAUCCCUGCAAAUUUCCCAAACACACAGAUAGGGAGUCGCCUGUCCAGGUAACAGUCAUGGGAAGCACAAGUGUUGGUAAGAAGGGAAUCUGGGCAGUGCAGACACACUUCCAGUCAUGCCUGUGCUCUGGACAGGUGUUGUUCUGUGUGUCUGGAGAAGAAGCCCUAUCAGGCUCAGGGAAGCGUCCAGAGGCAGAAACUGGAAGUGGGCACCUUGCCUUCCUGAAGAGCAGCAUUCUCCGUCCACAUGGGCUCCACACUUGCCCCUGGAGGGGCUGAACUUAGGGUUGUAUUUUCUGUUCCUUUGUCCCACCUAGCUUUCAACCUCUGAAGCUGCUGCCUGUUUACCUAAACAUUGACUCUGGGGUAAAUUCCUGUGCUUCCUGCUGCCUGGCAAAUGGAGAUCUAUUUAAAAGCCAGUCAAGAAAGGAACGGUGAGGGCGAGGGCGGGUUCUUUCCAAUCACAUCAGCUGCCAGUUGGAAACACCAUGAUGGAUAUGUUCCACUAAACGUUUUUUAUUUAAGUUCAUACUGUCUUUGCAGUUUUGCUGUCAUUUAGAAAUUCCUCUUUCAUACUCAUUAGGGAUUUUUUUUUCCCUCAUUAAAACAUACCUCCUACUGAAGAUUUGGGAAAUUAAAAGGGAAAUGUGAUAAGCUGUAUCAAGCGUGCUUCCUGAAGAGAGGCUGAUGUUGGCCUCCCUCGUAGCUGCCUGUGCCCUUGACCAAGGCGCCAUUGCUCCCAGCACAACCCGAUAAGGAGGUCCUGUCAGGUCUCCUUACCUCCCAGAACUUUCUGCCCCUGCCUUGAGCUUUCCUGAGCCCUCAGAAGAAAAUGUCUGUGUAACCAUCACCAUGUGGGAUUCCUGUCAUGCUCUUGUUAUUCCACUGCCCUCCUCUGAGUUUCCUCAUUGGGAUGGUAGACUCCUCGGGGACCCCUCUGUAAAGACAACACACUCCGUGCAGUGAUGCUUCGGAAUAAGCAUCAGAAAGUUGACAUGAGGAGCCUUUCCAUCAGCCCAGAGCUCACUCACUGCUCAUUCGUUAGAAAAUGUUUCCUGUUUUAAUAAUCAUUUUUUUUUUUUUUUCCUCUUGGGAUUCUAAGUGAGCCAAGAAGCAAAAUCUCCCUGCAUUGUUGGGAGGGGAUUAACGUCAUUUCCUCCUAACUAUGUCUCAGUUGGCUAAAGAAUUCUUUUAGCGCACCUGUGUGCUGUGUAAACUGGUGUCGAUCUAGAGCAGGGUCCCUUGCUCCCACCAAGGUAUAUCUGGGUGUAUGUCACCAUUGUGACCUGUGGGUUAGGGCUAAUGACCCUCAAAGAAGACAAGCUACCUGUACUUGCGGUGUUGGGUUUUUUGUUGUUGUUGUUUGUUUGUUUUGUUUUGUUUUUGUCAGUCAUGGGGCUUGAA